AUGAAUUCUAAGAUUGAAAGCGACUCAAUUAUUGAUCCUGCAGCAAUCUUCGCUAUGCUUUUUGGUAGUGAGCUUUUUGAGGAAUAUAUUGGCCAGCUAGCCAUGGCAUCAAUGGCUUCACUAGAUAUUUUCUCAGAAGGGGAGCGGUUCGAUCCCAAAAAGCUGCAAGAGAAAAUGCGGAUAAACAGGUAUGCAUUUUCUGGUGGACAAGAUUCAAUAGAGAAACAUAGAGAACUUGGAGCACAUCGCGAGCUUACAGGUGUUGAUACGUUGAAUACAAUUGGCUACAUAUAUGCCAGAAAGUCAGCAAAAGAGCUACAGAUGUGUUCAUUUGUUCUAGAUGCUUGCAAAGAUAGGGUAUAUCAUUUGUUGUUAGGCUAUGUUCCUGCGAUCGAUGGAGAUUUAAAUUUUCCUAAUAACUAUGCUCCAUUUACAUUUCAUGAAGGCUUGCUUUCCAGUGAGCAAGGUGCCUACAUUGCAGAGUCUAUCGCUGCUAAAAACAUGAAACAAGCGAAGAGCCGUUUUCGGAUGUAUGAGGAUGCCACAGAUCAUGGUGGUUCUAAUCAUUCUGCAAAAGUAGAGCCAGCCAAUGGUUGUACAGGUGAAAGGGAAACUGGGAAGUCUGCAAAGAAACUUGAUAAAGGAAGGACUGCAAAAGAGGAGGCAUCCAAACGUGAGAAGUGGACGGAACUUUCUCUCGCAGUCACUGUUUCGUCCUCUGGCUGCAAAUUUGAGCUUGAGAUUGCAAGGGAAGCUGCCCCAUUUGUGGAUCCUGCUGUUUUGGUGGAAACUUAUGAACAAGAGGAAUGUGUCGAUGAUCUUGAAGGGGAUGAUCGGAUUCAAUCUGCGCUUGCUCACAUUGUGACGCACGCACUUUUGAAGAUGCUCCUGGACCUGAUUAUGCAAAGAAAGAAUUUCAUAUUAGAAUGCUUUUCAAUCCAACUUCCUCUGCAAGUGGAGGAGGCAUUUGCUUUCUGGGGUACUCCAGAAGGUGAUCUGGUCCAUCCUGCAGCAGUACUGGAGGCAGAUAGGCGUCAUAGAGUCAAUGUCGAUGGCAAUGUCUGUACUGUCAUGGUAACCACUUUGGUUCUUGAGGGAUGGCAGCGGAAACUUGAUCCCAGAUUUCAUGAAGGCUUGCUUUCCAGUGAGCAAGGUGCCUACAUUGCAGAGUCUAUCGCUGCUAAGAACAUGAAACAAGCGAAGAGCCGUUUUCGGAUAUAUGAGGAUGCCACAGAUCAUGGUGGUUCUAAUCAUUCUGCAAAAGUAGAGCCAGACAGUGGUUGUACAGGUGAAAGGGAAACUGGGAAGUCUGCAAAGAAACUUGAUAAAGGAAGGACUGCAAAAGAGGAGGCAUCCAAACGUGAGAAGUGGACGGAACUUUCUCUCGCAGUCACUGCUUCGUCCUCCGGGUUCGGCGCCGAAAAAAGACCUAACCUGCCUAGGCGCCCGCCUAGCUACUACCUAGCCGCCUUGGGACCGCCUAGGGACCGCCUAGCCGCCUAG